AUGCACAGUUGUACUUGGCACUCACAGAACACGCACAGUUGUACUUGGCGCUCACAGAACACGCACAGUUGUACUUGGCGCUCACAGAACACGCACGGUUUUACUUGGCGCUCACAGAACACGAACAGUUGUACUUGGCACUCACAGAACACGCACGGUUGUACUUGGCACUCACAGAACACGCACAGUUGUACUUGGCACUCACAGAACACGCACAGUUGUACUUGGCGCUCACAGAACACGCACGGUUUUACUUGGCGCUCACAGAACACGCACAGUUGUACUUGGCACUCACAGAACACGCACGGUUUUACUUGGCGCUCACAGAACACGCACAGUUGUACUUGGCACUCACAGAACACGCACGGUUGUACUUGGCACUCACAGAACACGCACAGUUGUACUUGGCGCUCACAGAACACGCACAGUUGUACUUGGCACUCACAGAACCCGCACGGUUGUACUUGGCGCUCACAGAACACGCACAGUUGUACUUGGCACUCACAGAACACGCACAGUUGUACUUGGCGCUCACAGAACACGCACGGUUGUACUUGGCACUCACAGAACACGCACGGUUGUACUUGGCACUCACAGAACACGCACGGUUGUACUUGGCACUCACAGAACACGCACAGUUGUACUUGGCACUAA